GAUUACUACAUGCUUAUCUGUGGAGAGUCUGGUAAAGCGAGCUACUGUAGGGGUUUCACAUAAUUUGAUUCACCUAAAUGAAUCGGUUCAAAGGAAUCGACUCUGUAAAGUGAUUCAUGUUGACCAUCACAUGCUUGUGUCUAUCAGCAAAUAUCAGUCACCUGUUAGCAGUCAUCUUCAUAUCCUUUACAUGAAAUUUGAAUAAUAUAAAAUAAUACAUUUAUGCGAAAAGGACAGGUUAUACAUAAAGUCAAACUUGUUUGAAAGGAUUCACAAUCCACCCUCAUUCACCGUCAGGGUUCUAUACUGGACUUAAACCCUCCCAGAGCAUUUAAAACCAGCCCAAACUUUAUAAAUAGACCUUUCCUUAACUGUAUUUAUAAUUAAUAACAUGUCUUCUUAAAAGUAAAGAACACUACCUCAUAGAUACCAGUCAUGAUUCCAUAUUUUCAUUUUUAUUUCAAUCCCAGUGAGAUUAAAAAUAGCCUAAAUGGGAGGGAAAUUGUCCAGUCUCACAACACUGUUCACCUUUAACUGUCCCUGCUUGACAGCUUGGGCCACAGUGCUUCCCCUCACCAGCUCUGGAUGUGUUAGAGAUUUACCUUCGACGUUUUAUCCCCCCCAAUUUAUUUCUCUUCGAAUGUAUUCUAGUUUUUGUGCGUCAAGGGGAUUUUGGAUGAUUUAAACGCCCUACUUGCUAAAGGUUGCUCAAGGUGCCUGGUGUGUGUGAUUUUUUUUUGUGUGUGUACGCACGAUGGGGAUCAAAGCAGCUCUUCCCAAGUAUGAGCUCUAUUUUUAUUAUGUGGUGCUGUCCAUGGCAAUGCUCUGGGCUGCUAGCUGGAUUUUUGAGGUGUCCAGCUCGAAUGUAAACCGAAAAUCCUUCAAGUCCAGCAUCCAGCCCGGAUGGUACUACUUUGGCAGAAAAAUGGAUACGGCUGAUUCGGAGUGGAUGAUGUGGUUCUCCACAUUCCGCAAGCACAUCCUCUUCGCCCUGACUGGCCAUGUCUUAUUCGCCAAGAUUUGCUCCAUGCUGGCUCCUCAGUACCGGUCUCUGGUCUACAUGGUGUACGGUGUUCUUGCCGUUCUCACGACUAUGGGUUGGACCUACGUGAUGCUCAUCCUGUCCCACUGCGUGCUGCUCUACAGUAUCUCACUCGUCAAGCUCCGAUGGCUCUGUUUCACCGCCGGACUCAUCACACUCACCACUUUUAAGAUGGAGCCAUUUGUUUCCUGGCAGGUUGGGUUCGUGAGUGGAGACUUUGCUCUGCGCCCGGUGCUCUUUUAUGGCGGCUGCAGCUUCACCAUCAUGCGCUGCAUGAGCUUCGCUCUGGAGAACUGCGAGAAGAAGGAGGGUCACUACAGCAUCCUGGAGAUGCUCAAGUACAACUUCUACCUCCCCUUCUUCUACUUCGGACCCAUCAUGACCUUCGAUAAAUUCUAUAUCCAGGCUAACAAUCCAGACUUGAGCCGUAAAGAGCGGGAGAUGUGGAACAUUUCCAUCCAGGCCUUAUUACACUUGGGAGUUAUUAUCAUGGUGGCUAUCGUCUUCCAUUUCAUGUAUAUUCUGACCCUUCCAAGUGACAUGAAGCUGCUGAAACACCUCUCAGACUGGACUGUCGCGGGUUUGGCGUAUAUGAAUCUGGUGUACGACUGGGUGAAAGCCGCCGUGAUGUUUGGCAUUGUAAACACAGUGUCUCGACUGGACCACCUGGAUCCUCCCAAACCUCCCAAAUGCAUCACGAUGCUCUAUGUCUUCUCUGAAACGCACUUUGAUCGAGGAAUCAAUGACUGGCUCUGCAAGUAUGUGUAUAAUUACCUCGGUGGUAAACAUGAUAAUGUGCUGGAUGAGUUGGUCGCCUCACUCUGCACGUACGGCAUCACGGCGCUGUGGCUCGGUCCGGGCUGGGUUGUCCUCAUCUGGGCUUUCUUCAACUGCUUUGGCCUCAACUUUGAGCUGUGGAUGGCCAAGUUCUUCUCCAUGGAGCCCUUCUUUACCAUUGAGACGGCAAUGUCAGAAUCCAUGUCUCGCAGAAUUAGAGCUGUGUUUAAUACCUUCAACUUCUGGAGUAUCGUCCUGUACAACAUCCUGGUCAUCAACAGUCUUGACUUUGCGAAUCUUGUUGCCAAGAGGUUACUGCUGAAAGGUUUCCCUUUAUCCACCAUCACUGUGAUGUUUGUGACCUAUUGCUUGGUGCAGAUAAUAAAAGAGAGAGAAAGGAAGCAGGCUUUGAUUGAUGACCCUGAUCCUGUACCUCCUCCUGCCCCCGUUCCUGCUCCAACUACCAUCAAGCCCCAAGCCGAGGCUGAGGCCACUGCUGCGGACCCCAACAAGAAAAAGUCAGAGUAGGAAGACAUUACACGGUUAGACUACUUUUAUGGGUUUGAGUUGCAUAUUGCAAAAAAAUGAAAAAACAACAACACAGUAUUACAUAACUUAGAUCGUAUACGAAAGGUUUUUACACAGAACAAAUGCACAAUAACAUUGUAAUAAACCUUAAAGAUAAGCAAAUUUGCUCACAGUUAAUAGACACAAUUAGCAUGCGUAAUUAGCAAUUUAUAAUUGCAGCUCUUACAUGAUGGCACUGUUUACUGCAAAUGCUUUGAAAGAACUCUAAUAUCUGUACAUAAACUCUUGCUCUAAGAAAUAAAAAGACUGAAAAUGUU